AUGACGGCGCAGAUACUCAGUUCUGAGCUCACUAAUCUCAUCCAAGAAUCGAAAAGGAAAAACAGCGAGCUGAAAAAUGCGGCCGAAAAAUCGCUUCAGGACCUCAAGUCCUUACCGGCAACCUCAGAAGCACAGCUAGCUGCAGACCUCAUUCGAAGAUCGCACUUCAUCUCGCCAUUCUUGAUAGCCUGCGCAACCCAGAAUACCAAAUUCGCAGGUUCUGCCGUGGUAUGCUUGCAGAGACUGGCUGUAAUUUGUGCCCUACCGAAAGAGAGGCUAAAGGAGGUCUUGGACGCCUUGAAAGACUGUUUUGCAGGGCUAGAUGUACAACUCAAGAUCCUACAGACUCUGUCGCCUUUGCUGCAGAAUUACGCUGGCGAGCUACGGGGAGACCUUCUCUCAGGCGCCGUGAACCUAUGUACGAGCUUGCAAAGCGUCAAGAAUCCCGCCGUCAGCGGCACUGCGGUUGCAGCGCUUCAGCAACUUGUCAUUUCCGUGUUCGACCGAGUUGUUGACGAAGAUGGCAGAUCACUGGAGCUCCCAACAAUUGCUGAAGUUCCUAGCGAUAAAGGAGCGAUUCAAGUCCGCUCUGCGGCGCACGAUGCAUACAAGAUCUUUCACGACCUUUGCCUUCUGACGGACGGCAACAAGCCGCAGUAUGUGCGCUUCUCACCGAUAUCGCAACUCUCUGGACUGGAGACCAUCGAGUCCAUCCUCGCCAAUCACGGAGACAUUCUCAUGUCUCAUCUAGAGCAGGGCUAUGUGCUCCGUGAGAGACUCAUGCCCCUGAUAAUCCGGCAACUCUCUGAGAAUCCCAGCUUUCCUGUAACCCUGCGUGUGAUUCGUAUUCUGAUCCUCGUCGUUCGACAGCAUCUAUCGAUAACGCAGUCGGAAUGCGGAAUUGCUUUGGGGUUCGUGAAUCACAUGCUCGAUCCCGACGCCGCAACAACGUGGAGGCGAGCCCUGUCCAUGGAGAUGUUCCAGGCGAUAUACUCAGAUCCUGCACUCGUCCUCGAAAUUUAUGCGCGAUUUGACGAAGAACAAGGCGAAAUGUCGAUUGUGCGUGACAACCUGAGCGCUUUUGUGCGCUUAGCAUCGGAGAAACCUGCACUUAUCGGUGUUGGUAAUCAAUCGACGGCUCCAGCAGGCAAGCCAAUUGCACGAGACGGCCCUACAGAGCAAGCAGCAGUCGAAGCCGGUGGCGCAGCAGGCGUCAUCGGGAUUGUGGACAUCAGCGAGAGCAAUGUGCCGGGCAUCAGUAGCCAGUGGAGCUCUCUCCGAACGCCUUGCCUAGAUCAAUUUGACAAGUCCGAAGCUCCUGCGAUCCCCGAAACCUACAUACACAGUCUGGUAUUGACGAGCGUCAACAGCUUAACGGAAAGUCUGGCAAAAUUUGUGCUUCCCUUGACUGUCUACCACGAAAGCAGAAGCAAGAGGAAGGCAAGAGUACAGGAAUCGGCUAGGCAAGAAUCAAUGGACCCUUCGGGGCUUGAAACACCAACCCAGGAACAGCCGAAGGGGCGGUUGACGCGAUCACAAUCUUACAAGAAACGCAGCGUGCCCAUCAAUCCAUUAGCCUUGGACAGUCACACAUCUUAUCCACGCAUUAGGACCUCGGCAGCAAUGGUCAGCGAAUGCUGGCCAGCCGUCCUUGCGACCUGCUCGACGUUUCUCAAUGCGGCCUUGGACGCGGACUACUACCGUGCUCUUGUUCGCUCAAUUCAGAAGUUCACCCAGGUUGCUGGUCUCCUUCGUCUUUCGACGCCGCGAGAUGCGUUUUUGACCCUGUUAAAGAAAGCUGCAGUCCCUCCGCACAUCUUCAACGCGCAUGCGAUGCCUCCAAGUAGCUUUGUACCAGAGAGUUCGGGAGUGUUCGGGAACGUCAGAGGCCUUCUGAGCGUUGACAGUCUUGUGAGCCAAGCUUCGACCCUUUCGUCUGAUAAGACCCAUAAGUCAUCUUUGGAUACGGGGCCACCUUCUCUUAACACAAGGAAUCUGCUCUGCCUUCGCGCCUUGCUGAACCUCGCUAUAGCCCUUGGCCCCACGCUUGACACAUCUUGGACGAUUGUGUUCGAGGCUCUGCAACAGGCGGAUAUCAUCAUGGCCACCUCGACAGCGAGGGGCGCCCUGUCUGUCAAUCGUCCAAGCUUACAAGUCGACGGUAAGAACGGUAACGAACCAGCACCCGAGCAAAACUUGCAUAGUGAGGUGGCUGCAGUUCACGCUGCGGUAUCGAGACUCUUCGAAAGCACCAUUGAUUUCCCAAACGAUUCCUUCGUAGAAGUCCUUGUGGCUCUGAGCAGCCUGCUGCAUGACAGACCAAUAUCACAAGGCGGACUGAAAGUCACAGCUUCCUCUCAGACACCGACACUCGAGCGAAGGUUCAGCAACUUCUCAGGCGUUCCUAUCACUGCCGGGGCACAAGCACGAGAUUAUCGGUUUGCAUUGGCCAGGCUUGGCGACUUGGUAACGCUCAACGUGGAGCGUUUCGCCAGCUUCGACGUAACCGAAAGUGGCUGGGCAUAUCUGACACAAGAACUCAUUACGACCUCAACGAAUAGGAGCAUUGCGAGUCCAAUAAGGGUCAUGGCUGCAAACAUCCUCACCCGAGUGGCUCAGGAUGUUCUCAAAACUGCGGCGAUAGAGGUCUCGGAAGUCCGUCAAGAAGUCGAACGCAGAGUCCUCGCUGCGCUGCGGUCUGAGAUCGAUUCUCUUUACGUAGAGCACGAUAACACAGAUCCGGAACUAGGCGAAACAGAUGCAGACGUCCAUGCAACUGCCCUGGAUGCCUUGAAAUCCAUCCUAGAGCAUUGCGGUGAUACGCUGACCGCUGGCUGGGAUUCUGCCCUUGCAAUCAUACUCAGCGUCUUCGAGGAUGAUGAAGAGCUAGACGAGACGACUGAGGGGACAGCAGAAUCAACCGCUGGCCCCAGGUCCAGCAAAAACCGUGUGCCAGAGUUUAUCUCGCUGGAGCUCGGACGGUCCGCUUUUGGAGCACUGCAGCUCAUAUGCACCGACUUCCUGAAUCUUGUUCCAGAUCGUUGCUUGGUAACUUUGAUCGAUACGCUGUCCCGCUUCUGCUCCCAAAGCGAAGAUCUCAACAUCUCUCUUACAACCGUUACGUUCUUCUGGAAUACAUCCGACUUCCUCCAUGGACGUAUCGACGAUACAUCGCUGGAAGCCAUUGCAGUCGAUCUUCAGGGCUUGGACGUUGCAGAAGUUCAGAUUCGGGACAGAGCCAGCCAUGGUUCAACGACUGCAUCAUGGCUCUAUCUUCUGGUGCGAUUGAUGACCACUGCUACAGAUGAGCGCAAUGAGGUCCGUCACGGCGCAAUACACUCCAUACUAAGGAUAUUUGAGAACUAUGGAAGCGAGCUGUCUUCGUUUACAUGGCAGCUAUGUGUCCGAGUUGUCCUAUUCGGCUUGAUAGAUGCCAAUAUCCAACGACAGCGUCAAGUGAGGUCUCGGUCAAAGGAUGAUCUUCGCACCAUAAGAGCAUGGAAUGAGACGACAAAGUUAAUUAUCGAGCGGACGACUAACCUCCUCUCCGUAAGCUUAACAUUACGAGCGCCGGAAUUUCGUCAGCUGUGGCAGCGCUUGUUGGAAUAUUUCAUAGCAUAUCUUACGUGCCGGUCACAUGAGCUAGAAGCGGUCGUCUUCACAGCUAUCACGACAAUCCUGCACGGGAUCGACAUGCCAAGCUCAGUGGAUGCGUUUACAAUCCAGUCUACCAAAUCACUGUGGCUGGAACACUGUCCCACCGAAAGCUCGACGUCAGAUCUCAAAGAAGAUAAUCAAGCAGCCUUUCUGGCCUAUGUUAAAUGCUUGAGAGAGAUCUACCGCUUGACAGAAGACACCGCCAAAGAUCAAAACACUACACAGGUUGUCGCCAACCUAGAGAGCUGCGUGCGCUGUUCGGACAGCCAAGCAUACACGCCCGAUGUGGACAAGAAAACGCCGCUGCAAGACGAAGUUAUAAGCUGCAUCCAGAUGCUCCGAGCGAACGGGUCAGAUGUAACGUCGGCGGUAAUUAAUAUGCUGGCGAACAUGGUCAGCUUGCCUUAUGAGAAUUUCCGCGCAACCGAACCUGCAGUUAUGUCAAAGCAACCAACCUUCAUUGCAAUAUCGAAGUCGGCCAUGGAUCUCUUACAGUCGCUAAUAGAGACGCAUCUAUCCGGGCGGGGGUUGUUUGAUAGCGGUGCGCUUCUGAAAGCACUCAAGAGCUUGGCGGUGCCCAUCCGACUAAAGUACAUGUGGCAUAUCGAAGGAAAGGCGCCAACGCCGUGGCAAAAGGCUACGACAGUAGCCCUAGCGAUACUCGAGCCCAUGCUGAUGGAGGCCAAGCGGCAAUCCGUCGGCAAAGAUAUGAUGAAUCCUCUCUGGGACCAAAUCGUGUCUAUCGCCGACAGCAUAGCAAAUACCGACCACGUCUCCGCACCGCCCAACACUCCCAUCUAUAGCGACGAGACCUUCGACAUUGCAGCCCUCACCACACUCCGCGACCUGAUCACACCCGACCUCGGCUCCUCCAGCAUCCCCGACGCGACCCGCCGCGCUUACACAUCGAGCCUCUUCCAGCACUCCCUCAUCUACAAGACCGAGCCCGGUGAAAUCCCACCCGCGGCAUCCAGCCCGCUGCACAACCUCUACACCGUCCGCUUCGGCCGCACCUACGACCCCCCGCCCACGCCCCGCAGCAGGAUGGCCCACUUCUGCCUGUCCGAACUCUUCGCGCUCUGCGCUUCCACCACCACCGCAGACGACAACAGUGCCACCGCCGCCACCGCCUCACCAUCAUCCGAACGCAUCCGCCUCGCCCAGGCCGCAGCGCCGUACCUAAUCCUCCGCUGCGCCCUCUCAAUCAAAGCAUACAUCGCGGACCAGCCCUUGCGAGGGCGUAUGCCGCAACCGUACGGCCAGCGGCAGGAGCUGCUGUUUGUGUUGAGGGGGUUGCGGCAGCUGGAGAGUGAACCGAGGGCGAUUCCGGAGGCGGAGGGCGUGAGGAGUGCCGGGAGGAAGCAUUUGGUUAGGCUGUUUCCGCUACUUACGAGGGCGAUUGCGGUCAGGAAUGGGGAUGGAAAGGUGGUGGAGGAACUGGUUGGGUUGGUGGGGGCGGUGGGAGAGGAGUUUGGGGUUGAGUGA